CUUGCACAUUUAUCUACAUAUCCACCUACAUAAGUUCAUAUUAUCGCUCACGACACCCAGCAAGAUGGCAGAAUACAGAUGUAGUAAUAUACAAACUGAAGUAAUUUUGGAGAAUAUAUUUUCCUUCCUUUCCUCCCAAGACUUGAAAACCAUCCGACUCGUGUCUACCCAUUGGAAAAAUACGUCACUGAAAUACUUUAGCCAAAAGCUGUACCUGGAUCCAACAAAUGUCACUGAUUUAGCCAACAUCUCAGAUGUCCUUCUACUCUCAUCAAUCGGAGUGGGAACUUAUCAUGGGGUUUCAACCGACGGUGUUGACCCUGCCGCAGGCAGAACCUACACGUGGAUGCGUCUUGCUGAUAAUGAAUAUAGGACAAUUAGCGACGUAUUAUAUGGCGUUAUUUUGUCCUUAAACAUUGGACAAUUUGUGACUUAUGCGAAGAUAGGAGAGUCUCAUUUACUUUCUUUCGCGAAAGCAUUAAAGUCGGACUUCUGCCCCAACAUUGAAUCCAUCUCAUUUUUUCCAGAACCAUGUCAUUACUAUAAAGAAGGUCCCUUGAAAGAAACAAAAUGUCCUGUUUUACGCAAACUUAAAAAAAUUGAGGGUAAUCUUCGCACCCACGAGCCACGCUUUUAUGAAAGAACACAGCCCAUCAUCCAGCAAAUAAUUGACUCUUCUCCAAAUAUAGAAAGUUUAAAAGUCAAUUUCAACCCACGUUUAACUAAAGCUUAUCACAAGAAGGUGAAGGGUAUUUCAAUUUUUGCAAUAUUUGGCCGCACUUGCUUGAAAAGAGCGUGCUCAUCCUGUCUCGAUCGUUCCGUGGGCGAAGUUCGAGACACUUUGGAAAGCUUGGAAUUGAUCGGGUUUGAUUGCUACUUUCCAAUCCCGCCACUUCCAAAUCUUUCCCGCCUCAAUCUAAUGAGAUCCUAUAUGCCAAGCGAAGAACUGCUCACGCUUUCUGAAAAAUUUCCGAAAUUGCUGGAAUUUGGGACAGAUUGCUACAACAGUUAUUAUAUUCAACACUUUAACACGGAGAAGCAUGGGCAUGGGCGAAUCAAAAAGUUAAAAUUAUUCUCAAAUCUGAUAACAACUAUGUGUCCUAGAGGAGUCACGAAUUUUAAAUAUUUUGAAAUCUUUUCCGCAUUCAAAAAUCUGGAAACUGUCGAUUUUUUUUGCCGAGCGGCACGAUAUGAUAGGCACGAUUUAACAAAAUCGGAAAAAUUGAGCGACUUCGUGGCUCAUCUCAAUUUCAACCGUGUCAUCAUCAAUGUCUGGCUGUGCGAAAAUUUUAUUGAAAUUUGCAAUAAUUUGAAGGAUAUUGACCUAGAAAAGGAUGUUAAUUCUCGUCCGCCUGAAUUACUAGUUUUCAAAGCGACACGACUGACCACACCAUUCACCUUUUUUCUUCAACCGUACAGCCUUUUUCCUUCUCAUGCAUAUAGUCUUCACCUUCAUGAACGCGUGGACUUGGAUUUUACAAACAAUUUUAACGACGAGGAAAAAGUUAAUGUGUUUGUGGCCGGGAUAAAGAAAAUGGCACAAAGGUGGAAGAGGAUUGAGAUAAAGUAUUUCCAGUUUCCGCAAAAUAUAUUGGACAAGAUUGACAUUGCAAUUACAAAGGAACAACUACCAGUUCAAAUAUUUUGUUAA